UUGGGUCAACGUGAUCAACGGUCAGAAAUAGAUCACGGUGCGUAGGUCUGGCGGCUUCAUUUGGCACAAGGAGAUUACUGUGUUAUGUCCUUAAUUGCUCCUCUUAUCGGAGAAGACUGUCUUUCUUACUCUGUUUUUCGUCUCCGUGCUCGUACGAGAAUAUUCGUAAAGGUUUUUCAUGAGCUUAACAAUGAGUACCCUUGAGACCACGAGAGCUGAGCUUGGUCUGGUAGUUUUGUAUUUGAAUAAAGCGGAGGCGAGGGACAAGAUUUGCCGAGCUAUUCAAUAUGGUUCCAAGUUCUUGAGUGAUGGCCAACCUGGCACUGCUCAAAAUGUCGACAAGUCCACCAGCUUGGCUAGGAAAGUUUUCCGUCUCUUUAAGUUUGUGAAUGAUCUUCAUGCUCUCAUUAGCCCUGUUCCCAAAGGGACUCCACUUCCGCUUGUUCUGCUCGGAAAGUCUAAAAACGCGUUGCUGUCAACGUUCCUGUUCCUUGAUCAAAUUGUGUGGCUUGGCAGGACUGGGAUUUACAAGGAUAAAGAACGUGCUGAGCUUCUUGGGCGUAUAUCCCUUUUCUGUUGGAUGGGUUCUUCGGUCUGCACAUCCUUGGUUGAGGUUGGAGAGCUUGGGAGGCUGUCAGCAUCAAUUAAGAAGUUAGAAAAAGAGAUAGGGAACAAGGAUAAACACCAGAAUGAGCAAUACCGUGCAAAACUAGAGAAAUCAAACGAGAGGUCAUUGGCUCUGAUCAAAGCAGGGAUGGAUGUAGUUGUUGCAUUCGGAUUGCUUCAAUUGGCUCCAAAGAAAGUCACACCCCGAGUCACAGGCGCUUUCGGAUUCGCCUCCUCACUUAUCUCUUGUUAUCAGUUAUUGCCGUCACAUCCCAAGUCCAAGACGGUCUGAGAAAAGGGAAAGAAGGAAAGACGAACUAGUUUCAUUGUCCAGAUGUUCCAUAGUUUGUGCCUGUUUUAAUAUAUUACUUGGUGUUAAAUUUGUCUUGCUUGAUACUUUUUAUGGUUUGUGUUAGAUUUUAUGGUAUAGGAUAAUGAUAAACAUUGCUGGAGAGUGCAAAAAAUGGCUGGAGAA